GUCGAGCAAGCAACUCCCGUCUUCCUCCUGGAUCUCGUGGCCUGUCUCUGGGAGAAUUGCACGCUUCUUGCCGGUGCCAAUCGCCGGCCAUGCAAGCACUACCAGGCAUGGCGGUCGGACCACACUAACCAGAGUUAGUUGGUGAACUGAUACCUCAGCCUGGUUUCGUCCCCCCAACUGUCCGGGUGCACCUGGGCAACUCCCUCUCAACUGGGACGGGAAUGCCUGGGCGCCAGCGCCAGCACCAGCACCGCCGCCAGCACCGCCGCCAGCUCCCCAGCCCGCCCUCCUGGCUCCUCUCCUCACUCCCACCCUCGACUCACUCGCUCAGCCCGUCCAACUCCUUGUAGAUACGGCAUAAUCCUCAUUCCCCGGGCCUCCUCUUGUGCAUUUCUGUUUUUUUCCAUCAUCGGCCGAUCGAGCUUCUCCUUUUGCCAUCCCCGGUGCCACAGCCCUGUCUCCCGGGCCCCGACUCAAGUCAAAAACUUCGUGCCUCGGAGGGGCGGACGCUCGAGUUGCAAAAAGUGCUGCACAGUACAUCAACCACUAGGCGCCCGGCCAAUUUUACCGAGCCGUCGUCUCAUUGGCAACCACCGAGAAACUUCUUACCCCGAUUCCCACUUCUCGACCUGGUCUCUGGCUGAGAGCAAACCAAACCCACUUUGCCGACCAUCAGACCAGCCCUCCGUCAAGCAUCAUGUCCAGAUCCAUAAGCAUGUCAUCGACGUCGACCCAGCAGCCCGAGGCUGUGGCCGACAAGGUCCUGAAGAGGACAGAGGUGGGCAAGAUGGCCCGCCAGCUCCAGAGCCGCCUGGCCCUGGCACAGUUCAAGGCCAAGCGAGGCUGGGAAGACCUGUCCCUCGACGUUAUCGAGCCCAAGGUCGAGGAGGAGCUACGCCAGCGCAAGGCUGCCAUCCGCCGCAGACGCAUUGCCGACGGCGAGAUCCUGUCCGACUCGUCGUCCAGCGCAUCCGACCUGCCAUACCCCACAAGAGCCCUGAUGAGCUCUCCGCUAAAAGCACCCUUGUUCUCCGAUGCCAUCGGCUCCAGCAGCGGCAGCACCGGCCACCGCAAACGCACGUAUAUCUCCAGCUUCGACAUCGAUGUCAACCUGUCCUCCAGUCCCACCAAGCGCUACAGGGUCUCGCCCACUGCCCACAAGUCCUUCUCGAACCACGUCUCGUGGAGUGACAGCCACCAGCUCGCAAAAUCAUCACCCAUCAAGCAACGCCGCCAGACACACUUCAAGACCUCGGCUGGCCCCGACGUGUCCUUCUUCCAGUCCUCGACAGGCCUUGGCCGCAGCCUUGCUUGCCCCAACUUCAAUGCACCCGACGACGAUGAUGAUGACCUCCUGCCUGCCCAUUCCUUCCAGGUGAACGGCUCGCGGACGUCGCCGCCCAGCACGCCCCCGAUGCGCAACCGGCGCCUCCCCCCAAACAACUCUGGGAAGGAGGGGCCCACCUUCGAAUCAAGAGACGAGGGUGCACAGCUGCUGCUAUACAUGAAGUCGUCACCAACCCCGGCCAAUCUGCCCCCCCGGAGCCAGAUGGAGCCACCGUCCACGCCGCCCCCAAAGCAUCUCGGCUUCACGCCGCAGGCCAUGUCCACGCCCAACCUGAACAACCCUCUCUUCCCCCACACGCCAGGCCAGGGCUUUGACUUUGCCGAUUACCUCACCUUCACGCCCAGUCCCGCCCAGAAGACCUGGAAGACCCCCAAUGGCAUUGGGUCUGCCAGGACCCCAAGGACCGUGGCUAGGAGGCGUCUCGGGGCUUUUGACUAGCCGUGACUGGUACCUCCGGACCUGGAGCAUCCAGGAUCUCUCGUAUUGUCCUAUUCUACGACCCGUCGGCAAGACACCUACCGCCGCGCCCGUCGUCCUUGUUUCUUAUUGUACAUGAUACCAGGGCUGCAACAAAGCCCCCGGAGCCCAAACCAAAGGCCACGGAAAUACCUGCGAGCCCCCUGUCACUUUUAUUUAUCUUUCCAGCCUGCCCCAGUAUUGCGUAAUUAUCCCCGGGCUGUUGCAACCAACCUGUUUUCUCGCCUCAAGGAGGGCACGUGGGCGUCAUGACACCAAAAAGGCGGGUGCACGCACGCCCGGGCGGCAUGAACACUCUGCCCCUACCAUAUCCCUCGUGUUUUUUUAUACUGCACGAAUCUGCAUUUAGGAUGGACGAAAAGAAAGAAUGGAACGAAUCGACGAGACCAAUCGGAUCAGUCAGAAAAGAACACUGAAGGGGAGGCUUUCGUCCGAGCACGGACAGUGGUGGGUGCAUCGGGGGCGUGGUGGCGGAAGGAGGAGGCAGAGAUGGUGUGGUGUGGGAGGUUUCACGAAGUGCCCCUCAUCGAGGUGGGAAGCUGUUGGAGAAGCCAUGCCCGCGGGAGACGCGCACCGCGACUUUACGCGAGCAGGUCGCGGCCGGGCCUCGGGGUCUGGCCAAUGAGCGACGGCGCGUCCCUCCUGGUGGGGUGCGGGAUGACGUCAGCAGGACACCCCGGCUAAGGGAGCCCCCCGUUUGGAGUUUGCCUAGGUACCCACAUUUCCCAAAUGACUAAGUUGAGCUAUGAGCUUUUGACUCUUGA